UUACUGGAUACAGAAACACUGGACGAACAAUAACAUAUGGAUUGAAGGAAAGAAGACUACUUGUGAUUUGUGCCUCUGCGCCAUCCGGACCACAAACCACUUCACGGUGCACGUCCCUCUCAGAUCUCACCGAGAAAUGUGGCUUCUAGAAAAAAUCCGCCGUUCAGUGGAGGGAAACGUUCUGCGGCAGGGCGAGUCCGCCGACAAACAGAGCAAAGCCCCCACCUACGGCAACAUCCUCACUCCCGACAAGAUCCCAGACUUCUUCAUUCCACCCAAACUGGUGUGCUGCCCCCCAGAGGAGGAGACGCCAGAGAUGAAGCCAAAAAAUGGGCUGCACGGGUCUGCGUCUGAACAAACCAUCUGCUGCAAGAUGCCGCAUGGCAGUCCGCGUAGCCCGCGCCUCAUUAACAAGCUGGCAGGAGAUACAAAGAACUUGCUCAAAGCGGCAAACCGACACAUCAUCCAGAUUGAGAGUGCAGAUGACUUGGUGACUGGCGAAGUGGGCGACCUCAACACAAAUGCCGACCCGCAAGCACAGACGGCCAUGUCAUUGCCCUAUGUACCAAAAGCGCAAACCUCCUACGGUUUCUCAACGCUCAUGGAGAGCCCUCACACGCGUCGUAAAGAGUCCCUCUUCCAUAGCGACCCUACAAGUCCACUCACCUCGCCUAACACCCAACGUAGGUCUCAGGGUAAUCACUUGAAUCCAAGCGACUGUAAUGUCUCCCACUCCAACCCCUACCGUUACUUUAGCGGAGGUGAGAGCGACACAUGUUCUUCAGCUGAGUCAUCCCCAUUCAACUCCCCACUACUGUCCCGUUCUGCAUCCCUUCUCAAGAUGUUCACUCACGAGACCCAAUCCAAAGUGUCCCGGGCCAAACGAUCCCUUGCCCGGCACAGUUCUCUUUCGACGGAUGAGUGCAGCUCUGUGGAAACCAGCCCGAACGUUCAGCGGCGCUUCCGUUGUCCUCCUUCCCCGGCACUCCGAGGACGAAAAACUGGAGGCAACAUGGAUCGCUUCACGCAACACACCGUCAACCUCCAGAAGGGCGGAACUCUACGCCUUUGCACAGACUACGAUAUUGACGCCUCCCGACUUCACAUCCGUGUGCUGGCUGCCGAGGAUCUCUACAAUAAGCAGUUUGACAUAAAGAGCAUCAAUUGUUGUGUGGCUCUGUACCUGAACCCAGGAAAGCUGCAGAAACAGCGGAGCACAAUUAUCAAGAACAGCCGCAACCCCGUCUUCAAUGAGGACUUCUAUUUUGACUCUCUUCCCGUAGCACGGGUGAAAAACCUGGCCAUCAAGAUGAAGGUAGUCAACAAAGGCACCAGUCUGAAGAGAGACACCCUACUUGGAGAAAGAGAAGUGCCCCUAAAGGAGCUGCUUACUGGGAUCUAGACAUCUGGUUUUGUCCACCAGUUUUGUAUUAAUCUAACACUAGACUAGACUUAAAGUGUUUGGGAUAUUCUAUAUUUAAUUUGUUUUUUUGUUUCAGAACUCCUCAACAUUACUGUGUGCACCUUCCUAAUUUGUUUACAAGCAGUAAAGGCUAGGGCUGAGUGCUAUUAUGUCUCAUGCACUGUCAAGCAUUCUAGCCUUUCAAAGUAUAGCUGCAUCUGACUAUGCAUACUUCCCAUGUAAUAGUUCGAUAAAAUCAAUAUUUCAGUCAAGUAAGGUGUCCAAAUCCUCAGAAUUCAAGAAACAGUAUGAGAGAAUUACCCAGAUGACCCACUACAUCUUGCAGUAUUCUGAGAUGUUAAAGUCGAGAUGUCACAUAAAGAAAAAUGCAGAGUUGAGCAGCUCUUUUAAAUUGCAAGUGCUAUAUAUACCAAGAAACCUGUUUCUUAUGUUCAACAAAACCAAAGUAGAUAAUUUUUUUCAGUGUUUGCAUAUUUAAAGAACAACUCUUUCUUUGUCACCAAUUUAGCAUUCCCAAUUCCCAAUACUCUAGUUCUUUGUGGUGGGGCAGUAGCUCGCCUCAAUCUGAGUGGCGGAGGAUGAAUCUCAGUUGCCUCCGCUUCCGAGGCCAUCAGCCCACGUAUCUUAUCACGUGACUUGCUGUGCGUGUUACUGAUGAGACUUUAGAGCGUGUGGAGGCUCAUGCUAUUCACCACAGCGUGCACGCACAACUCAGCACGUGCCCCAAUGAGAGUGAGAAACAACACAUGAACCACGAGGAAGGUAACCCACAUGACUCUACCCUCCCUAGCAACCAGGCUAUUGGUUGCUUAGGAAGCCUGACCAGAGUCACUCAGUACACCCUGGAUUCGAACUUGUGACUCCAGGGGUGGUAGUCAGCAUCUUAGCUCACUGAGCUACCCAGGCUCCAAGAACAUACUUUUGUAACGGAUGAAAUGCAAGUGCAGUACAUCCACUGAAAAUACGCAGCUUUGGAUGCAGCCAUUCUCUUUUUAUGCAUGCAUGCUACAAGUUCUUUGUGAUUCUCUUUAGUGCAGUCAGCUCCAGGGGCAUGCUCCUACAACGUGCACAGAUGCGGACUGUCCUCAUGUCUAAAAUAACUGAGCUUCACACGGACAGUCUGCGCAUACUUUGAUGAUUACGAUAUUUGUGCACUGUACGUGAGACAAAGCAGCACGCAGAAAAGUGAAGUAUACUUUGGCCUUAAAAGUGUAUGGAAAAUGUACAGUAUGUGUGAUGGUGUGAUCUUGUGUAAAUACAUUUUAGGAGUGUACAGGCAUGCUCCGAUUGUGCGCAUGUGUUCCCACGGUUAGUGUGCCUGUAUAAUUCCACUCUCUAGGGUGUGAGACUGUGAUAUUUUUCUCAAUCUCACUCUAAUACUGGACCCCUUUUGAGGUUUCUGUAUUUUUGAAUGUUGUAUCUGUGAUGUUUUCACAACUAACACACAUCAGCCUUAUUGAAUGACACGCUGCUCACUUUGAUUGACAUGGAACUUUAGGGAGGGUGUGAUUUGAGAUUGGACAGAAUGUAUGACAUCAUAAAAGAUGGUUAAUGAUGUAAAUAGAUGGCUUGCUUUUUUUGUAGCUGCGCCUGAAAACACUCACUUUUACUGUUCCCUAUUUAAAGUUCAUAUAAUGGUAAACUGAAUAGAGAAAGACUGCAAGACACAAUAAGAACUUUUAUUAUUAUUAUUAUUAUAUAUAAGUGGUGUUUAAUUGUCAUCACUCUCAAAAAAGUAUUAAAAAGUGCCGUGACAUUACCAUGGCUUUUUUGACAUGGUACCAUGGUAAUACCAUUUAGUUUUUUUGGACAUGUUCCAUGGUAGUGUCAUAGUAUUCUUCAAAAAACCUUGUAGUACCUUGUAAAUAACCAUAGUAUAAGUGGUAUGUGUCUUAUUGUCCAUGGUCCAAUAUGGUAAUCAUUCUGUACCAUGGUAUAUAUGAGGUAUCAUGGUAUUACCAUCUGAUACCAUCACAGUACCAUGCAAUUACUAUGUUUCUUUGGACAUGUACCGUGCUAAUACCAUGAUGUUCUUUGAUGUACCUUGGGGUAUGUAAAAGGCAUACAAUAUGAAUAUAUAUCAAGGUAACAUAGUAUUACCAUCUGAUACCAUCAUAGUACCAUGGAAUUACCAUGUUUUGUUUUCCAUGGUAAUAAUUCAAUGCCAUGAUAUUAUCAUGGGCUUUUGGACAUUUACCAUGGUAAAAAUUGGAGUAUGUAAAAAAGCAUUCUGUAUGAAUAUGGUAAUAAUUCAUUAGCACAUAUAUACUGUAUAUAAGUGCCAUGGUAUUACCAUGGUCUUUCUGGACAUGUGCCAUGGUAAAACCAUGGUAUUCUUUGAAAUACCAUGUUAACCAUAGUAUAUUAAUGGGGUAAUCAUAUACGCCAUGAUCUACAUCGAAGUACCACAUUGUAUUAUCAUCCAAAACCAUCACUGUACUAUGGUACUUCCACAAUACUUUUUUGUUAGGUAUGUACCUGUAACCAAAAGCUACACUAAACUGUUUGCCUUUGGGCAAAAUUUAAUUUACAAUACCAAUUAGUGCUAUUUUAGUUUCAGUGUGUAUUUGUUUACCAGUGGGAUCAAAUCGCAUGGCAAAGUGUACAAGCCCUCCUGUUUUAAUUUAUAUUGUUACCAAGUCAGAUGGUGAACAUGUAAGAUAUAAGCUUAUCUUUUCUUCACAUCUUCUCCAGUGUUGAAUCAACAUCAAUGUCACUAUUUUGUAUUGUAAACUUUCAUAAAAUGUCUAAAGAGCAAAACAGUCACCUCCCAUUUUUUCAGUUGCAUCGGAUUUGCACGUAUUUUUCCCAUUCGAUUUCAAAUUAAUUCUUCAGUAAAGAGUUGUAAGCUAUGAACCGAACCAAACAGCUUCAAGAUGAAUAACAGCAUUGCAAAAAGGAAAAAGGUACAAGACUGUAUCUUUUAUGAGGGAAUGAACUACAAUCCCAUGAAGCAUUGUGAAUGAUCCAAUAAAUAAAAAACAACAACAAUGAUACAAUGUAAAACUAUUAAUGUAUAGUCAUUGAUUUUAAUUAUAAAAACAAUAUAUUUAUAGUUUACUACAAAAUAUUCAGAUAUACUGUAUACAAAUACAUAAGAAGUUUGAGAAUGCAUGGAGAACGACUCGAUUAUGUAAUUUGCAAUGCUUCGUAGAAGAGGCCGUUGCUGCUUAGCUCUUUUUCCACAACGGAGUGCAACAGUCUUGUUUGAGAUGUAAAAAUCCUCGUAAUCUUUUCCAUAGGGGAGCAUAUUUUUAUCUAUAACUUAUAAACAUUUAAAGACAGACCUACCGUGAGCUUUGAGGUUGCUAAUCAACGGUAUUAUGCUUCUGUCGAAGCCAUCAGUUUGCAUUAUUUCACCUUUGUUUUUUAAAAAUUGUGUUAAAUUGUGCAGUUUAAGGUGAAGAACUACACUACCCAUGAUCCUGAAGAAAAAAAGAUUGACCAGUCAGAGAAUUGAGGCAAAUAAAGUGUGCCAAACAAGCUCUGCAUCAACCACCCACUCCCAUGACGCACUGUGAAUGAAGCAAACGAGUAGGUCUUCCUACACUCUCAAACUACUUGUAUAUUUGCAAUAUAUGUUUUAUACUUAAAUCAAUAGUUUUAUAUUUUCCAUCAUUUUUAAUUAGAUUUCGUCAUUCGCAAUGCUUCAUGGGAUUGUAGUUCAUUCCCUCGUUAAAGACGUUAAGAACACAGUAUUUUACCUUUGUCUUUUUGUCUGAUAUUCAAUGCUUUUUUGCUUCAAAUUAAAGUUUAGAUAGUUGUGAUUUACCACAGAGCUUGUUGGUUUUGUACCAUGGCUUAGAACUCAUUUAUGAAGGAUUUUCAACUUUUCUGAUUGGUUGGUCUCUCUUCAGGAAUAUGGAUAGUGUAGUUCUUGAAAGCUGAAAUCGCACUGACUUGUGGCUUCUACAGAGGCAUCAUUACUAAAUAAUUUCAGAGCUCAUGCCGGUCUGAACUUGAGAGGUUUAUAUUAUGCUGUUGUUUAAAAUCAAUUACUGUACUAUGGAGAAAACUUAUGGGAUUUUACUUCCGGAGCCUGACUAAAUCGAGUCAGAUAAAUGUGACUUUAAAAUUAGCCCUGCAUGUGUCAUAAAAGUGGAGCUCUUUGUAUCUCUUUGUAUCUUUGACCUAAAGAGAGUGUCCUGAGAGCACUUCAGUCACAUUACUGCAGUCUUCAGUUCUGGAGUGGAUUUACAAGUGCACCUCUUGUAAAAGCAGUGAGACAAUAUUUCUGGCUUUAGUUCAAGGCAUCAGAGACAUUUGUGGGGGAAGAAAGUGUUUUAUGAUUAUUUAUUUGCAUAUACCUAAAGGUGAAGUGUCUAAUUUCAGUGCCCCUUGUGGCAUCAAAUGAAAUUGCGAAAUAACUAGUUUUUUAAUUUUCUGAACAAAAUGUGAGUGGUGCUUGCCUGUGUAAAACACACCACCACAAUGCUCGGGUGUCUUGUGUGGUUGCUAUAGCAUUGCUAUGAGGUUGCCAGGGUGUUUUUAAGCAGUUGGUGUGCAUUUCUGUUUUUCCUUCUAAAAUGUUGUAAGGUUGUUGCAUUCAGGUUGAAGUCAAUGUGUUAGCUAUUUUAUCUGUAAUGUGACACAUUUUCAAUGGAAACAGGAUAUUUAAAAUUUUAGGAAAAUUGAUUUUAUUCAAGCAGUAAUGAAUUUGAUUGUGAAAUGUGGGCGUUACUUACCGGAAUGGGGCAAGGAAGUUAUUUCGGAUUCCCUCUCAAUAAAUUAACCAUGGUUUUAUUGCAGUAAUCAUAGUUAAACCAUGAUAUUUGUAGUAAAGCCAUAACCACAAAAUUGACCAUGGUCUUACUACAGUAACUAUAUUUUAACCGUGAUAAUUGUAAUGAAACCGUAGUAAUGAGACAGGAAAAUGAAAAAUAUAAAUAUUAAAAUCUUUAUUUUUUUUAGUGACUAUGGUCUUACUACAAAUAUCAUAGUUAUGGUAUUAUGGUUACUGUAGUAAAACCAUAGUUAACACUUUAAAUUUGUUUGGAUACAUGGUUAAACCAUUGUAAUUGUAGUAAAACCAUAGUAACCACAAGAUUUACCAUGGUUACUUCAGUUAUGGUGACCACAAUAUUACUGUAGGAAAACUGUUGUUACUAUAUGGCUACAGUACUACUGUAGUAAAACCAUGGUUAAUUGAAUCCAAACCAUGGCUUCCACUGAAAAAUAAAUAAAUAAAUAAACCCUGGUUACUACAGUCAUGGUUACUACAAUAUUACUAGUGUAAAACCAUGGUAAAUUGAUUGCAAGUAAACCAAAAAAUUUUGCAAGGGAACGCAGAACUAUUUCAGAACAUAAACUCCCUUCCUUUCCUCAAAAGGGCUCCGUAUAUUGACAUAAGUUGAAAAGGAAAGUUGUUUCAGAGUCGGACCAUGUCGUUGCAUUACUUUCUUCUAUCCCAACUUAAUAUGCAGAGAUUACUUUUUGAUUGACCUGUCCAGCCCAACACAAUAACAUUGACUCGACCAAUGGAAUGAGUUGGGGCGGGAAUAUCUGUUUGUUUGAUCAAUGCCGGACGGGCGUAUUCACAAAGCUGUCUGAAAACAAUGUUUAUUUUUUUCUGUUAUUUUAUCCGUUCGGUGACGCUAGUUGCACAGAAAUUACACACGUCCAGACGAAUACAUUUUCAUUUGACAGUGCAUUAAUUUAGCUAUGUUUACGCCUUUCAUUGACGGUAGAAUGGCAUUUUCCUCCACGACUUUGGAAAAUGCUCUCCAUAACCACGUAUUUUGGAAAACAAUGAUGUUAGGAAACUUAAACGUAUUAGUGUUGACUUGGCUUAAACUUUAUGGAAAAACAUGCACUGAUGAAUUGUUCACUAUAACAAUAGAAACAUCUAUUAAGAGUAAAUUUAAUGUCGUUUUUAAUUGCUGUUAAGAUGUGACACCUUUCUUUCUUAUAAAAUAACGCAAUCACUUUUUAGGUUUCAUGAUAUUGCAUGCUGCAUCAGUUUUGAAUGAUCUGUUUCAGUACUAAACAGUCUUUCCCUUUAAAUUAAACGAUUUAAUUGAUGAACGUCUCCUUUUUUUUAAACGACAUAGAAAUCACAUUUCUGUUGUAGUGUUCCAUUCCUUCUUUCAUUCGUACUGUCACCCAGGGCCGGCCAGUCCUACAGGCAAUAUAGGCGUCCACCUAGGGCCCCAAAAUACUGUGAAGGAGGAAUAAAUUAUGUUACUAUUACAAAGUGAGAUUGAAUAUUGUCAUCCACAUACUACAAACAAGGGACACAACACGGAAUAGCUGCUUUUUUUUUUCUUCUCUUUUAACCAUGCUCACAAUCACGCUCUCUGAGGAAGACAUACAUAGUCCUCAUCAUUCAACUCACAAACCACAAUAAUAGCGACAACGAAAAAUAACAUAUUGAGUAAAAUAUUAGAUACAUCAUGGUUUAACUCACUUUUUGAUGGAGGAAUCAGCACUUGUCAAUGCAUAAAUCUUGUCAUGUUUUGUCAAGAUUAAUCUUAGGAAUGAAAUGGGGAAUGCAUUAUUAUUUAAUUUUAUUUAGAUAUUAUUUUAUGUUUUUUCACAUUGCUGCACCUGAUUUUCACUGAGGUUUUAUCUAAUAUUCACUUUUGCACAUAGUUCUGCCACACAUUUUUUUUACAUGGAUUUUGUUGUACUAAUUAAACAAUUACAGUAUACAUCGUUAUGUGGGUAGUUGACAUUACAUUUCAACAGUGCCCUGCAGUGAAACAGUUUUUUAAUACAAUUCUUGUAUAACUAUUAUACACUCAAAAAUUACUCUUUGAUUGAAAUUCAGUUAUGGACAGUGGUUCCACAUGUUUGAAAUGAGUUUUCUUCAGUUAAAAUUACCAUGUAAUUUCAAAUUGAAUACUUAAAGUAGAGGGAACCUAACUAAAUCAGGUAAACCCAACAAAAUUCAACAUGUCACUAUAGCUCAAAUGAAACUCUUAUAGUGAUAUGCCAGCUAGUGGCAGGAAUUGUUAAAUAAAUGCUGAAGGGAAGCACUUCUGAGUUCAGCUUGAACUCACUAUGCUAUGGUUAGAACAGCAAUUGUUCAACAUAUAAACAUAUAUGUCCCAGCGCAAAUGGAGUAAGUAAAGCUGACAAGACACUUUUUUAGUUGAAUCAACUCAGUUAAUAAAACUUUUCUUGGUAACAUGAAUUUUUUGAGUAAUAUGAACAUGGGAGGAUUGAGUAAAACUGACGAUAGUGAAUUUUGUUUUUUUUGUGUACAUGCAGAUUUAUGACUUCUUAUUAAUAACUACAUGGUUUAUUCUUUAAUAAUUAAUUUGUCACACCGCAUAACUAUUAAAGUGAACUGCUAAAAGCUGAAAGAUGAUUACAAAUGGUUAAAAAUGUAAUAUUAAUGAUAACCAUCCAUACUGUAACACCAAAGGUAUACUUUUCCCUCAAAUUUAUACAAUUAAACAAAAACAAAAAGGGUCCAUGGACAUAUUACUGGUCAACUAACCAUAUACAGCAUGCUUAUUUUUUGUGUUUUCUCUAAAAAAAGAGAGAAACCAAUUGUCAUGUUUGCAAUUGUCAGGUUAUAUACUGUAUUUUUAAUGUUAUGACAGUUUUUACACCAGUUGGGCCCAUUUUCAUCAUCUCACCUAGGGCUGCAAUAACCCACUAGCCGGCCAUGCUGUCACCUGAGUAUUGUCUGCUUUGAGUUGUUAUUUUUCAUCCUUCAUUGAAAGCACUUCAAUGUCACUCUCGCUAAGUGGAAAAACAUUUAUUAUAUAUUAAUAGAAAAAGAAAGAAUAGCGAUCUCUUCCAGCACGUGGUCAGUAAUUACACUCCAAUUCCACGUGCGUUCUCCACAGUAGAUAUUUCCCUAGUACAUUGAUUCAUUUAUUAAAUUAUUUCCAUUUCUAUUUUCGGCGCUCUUUCAAAACAGCCACAUUUUAGAUAUAUUAGAUUCCCUGUAAGAGCCACGCGCUUUUUUGAUUGCCAGAGAUUUCAAAUUAAAAUGAGAAAUGAUUCCAGAGCAGAUUCAAUAUGGGGGUGUUAAAUCACACUCAUUUCUGUAACCAUCUUCUGUAUGUGAGAUUAAAGUGUCUCACUCUUGCCUUCAAAUAAGUCGUGGAGAAUGAAGUGCCUAUCCACUGUACUUGAUUCCUGUUCCCUUCCCUACGCCCGUCACCAGCCACAGCAUUCCUAUGCAUGUGUACAUAAACACGCGUCAACUGUGAUGUGCCAUUUCAAAUCCAGAAAUGUAGAUGUUCCAGAAUAGAAAAAACUUGUUUUUGGUGUUUGAGUGUUGCAAUUUCUUAAUAUUCUGAUAGUUAUGAGUAGAUGCACUGUCAUCAUGCUGUAAAUUUAGUUUUUGUUUGUUUAUUUAUCUUUCAGUGGUUCACUGUUUUCUGACAGAUUUUUCUAUCCAUUAACUUAUUGGA